UAAUUCCUCUGCGGACCAAAACAGCCGUACCUCCGUGUGCGCGGCCAUCAGGGUGCUUAGUAUCGUAGGUUAUAUAGUUUCGAAUGACAAAAAAGUUGAGUGAUGUGAAAUGAGUUUCCGAGAUAGCCAUAAUGUCGAUAUUUUGAUCUAUUAAGAAUUUUUGAAGUUCUAGUUUGUGUUGACAAAGCCCAUUUGCAUUCCAUACCGCUAUCCUUAGCUCAUUCAUUUUGGCUGUUAGUUUGAUUUACGUAGCAAGAGAGACAAUUGCUUACUCAGUGACGCAACGCUCUCUUCCAGCGCGUUUUGCUUUCUCAUCAUUUCGUGCAUUUGCGACUGCAUUAGAAUCAUUAACUUGAUGACGUCAUCAUUUUCCUUCUGUGGUUUGCCACCGACAUCUACGGAGCCACUGCCGACAGGGCCAUUAUGGUUAGAAUUCUUCUGAUUCUUAAGAAUUUCUGCGAGAGUAACUUCAUCAUUCCACGUUAAGUCAUUGUUGGGAGCAUUUCGGCGGCUUUUCAAUGGGAAAUCCACCCUGAAGAUCCCAAUUGUUGACCACAGACACUCACCUUGGUGUUCCCGUGCGUGAAAUGGAGGGCAGUGAGUGGCAUCGUCCCUUCAUUUGCGGGGGAAUUGCAUCGAUUACAGCGGAAUUUGGCACUUUCCCCAUUGACACGGCAAAGACACGCCUCCAGAUUCAGGGCCAGAAGCUCGAUGAUAAAUUCACACGGCUCCGGUAUCGUGGUAUGACGGAUGCCUUUGUUAAAAUUACACAGGAAGAGGGAAUUCGAGCACUCUAUUCGGGGAUCUGGCCAGCUGUUUUGCGACAAGCCACGUAUGGGACAAUUAAAUUCGGCACAUACUACAGCUUGAAGAAGCAUUUGACGAAUCAGGGAAUUCUCCUGGACAGCGAUGGGAAGGAGCGCGUGUGGGCAAAUGUGCUGUGUGCUGUGUCAGCUGGUGCUAUUUCGAGCGCCAUUGCAAAUCCCACGGAUGUCCUGAAGGUACGGAUGCAGGUGGAUGGCAGGGGGAGUGAGCAGAAGAGCCUCUUUGCGUGCUUCCGGGAGAUUUACGUGUGCGAGGGGGCACGUGGUCUGUGGCGCGGGGUCUGCCCUACAGCUCAGCGUGCCAUUGUUAUUGCUGCAGUUGAGCUGCCCGUCUACGAUGGCUGCAAGAACGCCCUCAUACCCCUCCUCGGUGACACCCCCGCCAAUCACUUCCUGGCCAGUUUCAUUGCAAGCCUGGGCAGUGCAGUGGCAUCCACACCACUAGACGUCAUCAGGACGCGUUUGAUGAAUCAGAAACGCCUCACAGUGGCAUUCGAUGGGCUCCCGGCUAAAAUCUACACAAGUAGCCUCGACUGUGCUGUCCAAACUGUCCGCACUGAGGGCGCCCGGGCACUCUAUAAAGGCUUCAUACCCACCCUUGCUCGCAUGGGCCCAUGGAACAUCAUCUUCUUCAUCACAUACGAACGACUGAAAGCACUCUGAGGCACAAAAAUUCGAAUUUAAUCAAAUAUUUCUUAUUUGCGGAAAGUUGUGAUUGUUUUAUGGGGACGCUGAGCGCCUUCCUGCAAAAGUGUUUUAGGCAAAUUUUUAUUUAUUCUCUUAGUUUUGUUUAAUUAUUUCUCUUUUUUGUUCAAUCCCAAUGUAAGAUAAAUUUUAUGAAAAAUCAUGAGAGCCUGAGGAAAGCCAAAAAAAUCAGUCGAAAUGGUUUGUGUUUCGACUUAUUGUUACAGCACUGAGAAAAAUCUCAAAGUUUCACUGAAAAAAAAUAGCUAAGUGCUAAAAAAUGGGAAUUGAAGAAAAUGUAAUUUAAAAAAGAAAAGCAAAAUAUUCAAGGAAAUGCGGAAAGUUGAAUAAUUUCUCUUAUUUUAUGCUUCCGUGAUCUUUGUGGUUUGCACGUUGACUUGAAAUAUUAGUACAAUUUCACGCUCCCAGGGGGCCUGGAAAUAUAUUCUGUAAAAAAAGACCUCAGUUUUUUUUCCUUCAAUCCACAAAACUAAAUAUUUUUAUUCCACAAAAAGAAUUAGAUUUUGGAGCUUAUUCUCACAAAAAUAUUUUCUUUUCUAUCUAUUUCGUCUUACAAGGGAUUUUGUAAGAUUUGGUAUUCCAGCAAAAAAAAUCUUUUAUAGCACCUUUUUAGAACAUUCCCCUCAAAACACCAAAACGUAACUAGAUGUCGCUAUUUGUGACGUUUGACAUUGAGAAAAUAAAUAAAAUUAAUUCGGAUCGAA